GUGACAAGUAGUCCACUAACUGACGUCUUCCCACUAACUGUACGAUUGUGACCCGGCCCAUAAGACAUCCAAGCGACUAAUUGAACUCGUAAAUGGUGUGCUGCCAGGUUCCGGUUUGCUUGGGGUGAGAAUUUUCUGUCUGAUUUGCCGGAUGUCGGAUGCGGCUUGAUUAUGAUAAAUCGACAGAUUUCUAUUUCACCAUGCUUGAGUACGGAGACGAAGAUUUGCUUGACAGUUAUGUGGGAUACCUUCAAUCAGUUUUUCUACCCUUCGGAAUUAAAAUAAAUAUCUAUUUUACAUGACUUGGGAAUCAUCAAUCAAAUAAUGUUUUUGUUCAGUUCCAACCUAGGUUCGCACUAGUUCCAACCUAACUGCUGUCAAAACGUUUUUUUAUUCGCUCAGGUUGGACCUAGUUCACCAAUACAACUGCAUUCGAACUGUCAAGAUUGGAACAACAACAUCAGUUUUCGGUGCAAACCAAAAUACAAUCCAUAAUGCAAAAUAUUGCACUUGCGGUUACGCUAGCUGCUUCUGCAGUCGAAUUAUUAGAAUCAGAAUCUGAAUCAGAUUCUGACUCGGAUUUUGAAAAUUUGUUCUUAUCAGUUAUUUCGGAAAAAACGAGGAUUAAACGGAAACGUGUGGGUAAUUUUGUGAACGACGUGGUGGAGAAGUACACGGAUGAAGAGUUUAGACGAAACUUCCGGCUGAAAAAAGCAACAGCUGAAAUGAUUCUGGAGAGAUUUGCGCAAUCUGGAUUUUACCAUUCAAACACUGGUAGAGGACGUAGGAAUGUUCCUGCAAAGGAGCAGAUGUAUGCUUUCAUAUGGUUUAGUGCAAACAAAAAUUCGUAUCGAGAAAUCAGUAACCUGUUCAAUUUGUCAGAAUCGUCUUUUUAUAAAUCCCUCAAUUAUGUUCUGGAUUUCUUUUACGAUUUGUCAAAAUCUGUAAUACGAUUCCCGGAAUCAGAACAUGAAAAAGAAAAAAUCGCAUCUGAUUUCCGAGGUAUUGCUGGGUUUCCUAACGUAAUCGGAUGUAUUGACGGCAGUUACAUCUAUAUUAGAAAGCCCGCUAAUAAAAUACGUUCGACGUAUGUUAAUCGCCACGAUUUGCUCUCAAUGACGCUUCAGGGAAUAUGUGACGUGAACAGAAGAUUUUUAGAUGUCUGUGUUGGCUCUCCCAGCAGAAUACAUGAUUCAAGGGUUUUUUCUCUGUCACCAAUCAGCGAGGAGAUAUCUGGGAUUUGUCAUGGUAAAUAUCAUCUUCUUGGUGAUGCUGCUUAUCCGUUGCGCGAAUAUUUACUUACACCAUUCAAAGAUUAUGGUAACCUAUCGCACAAGGAAAGAAACUAUAAUCUAAAACAUAGCCAAACACGUGUGAAAAUAGAAAACAGUUUCUCAGUUUUUAAAAGGAAGAUUUCGUCAGCUAACAAGGUUAGACUUUUUCCAUGUUGAGAGAAUGUGCAAGUUUGUUAUAGCAUGCUGUACACUUCACAAUAUUUGCAUUGAACACAAUGACAUAUAUGACGAUGAAGAAGAUGAUGAUACCAGAAUGGUUAAUGAUGUCCAAGCGUCUUUGGUUGGUACAACCGGGACCCAAAACACACGAAAUGCUGCUUUGCGUCGAUUGGGGGAAAUUAAAAGAAAUGAAAUAGCAGAAGGUUUAUUACAAU